AUGAUCAGACGGGUGUCGAAGAUGGAAGACUCGAGCUGUGUGAAGGCAGGAAGUAGUGUUGGUGCUAUGGAGCAGAAGAGAGAUGUGUUGACUGAUAGUGCGGACAAUUUAUCGCACGGUCUGGCAUCCACAGCGGCGGUACCGAGUGAAUCUGGAGGGAUUGCGAAGACGACGAGUAGCACAGCGCAUACUGCAGCUCUCCAAAAAGACGUUGAGAUAGCUCCAGCUACACACUCGGGACUAAGUCUUCCACGCGACGACGACGACAUUACGCCAGACGACGAUGCGAACGGAGAGAACGAAGAGCCAAUUCUGCCGACUGUUGUAGAGCAUCUCGGCAGUGGCGGAGACAGGAAGAGAGCUCUGUUCUCGCGAUAUGGUCUUGCAUACAAGCCUCGACGCAGUUCAUUUGAGGAGCCCGCGGCUAAGAUCAGACGUGUCGAGAAGCCUGUGCGCCUACGGACACAUUGGACAUGCCAUGAAUGUAAUGGCCACUUCAGCAAGGAACGAAAGUGCAACGACUGUGGACAUCGUCGCUGUGUCGACUGCACGAAGCAGCCUCCACAACGGGUGAAGGAGCUACUGGACCAGGCUAGGGUGUCGCGACACGAAGAACAGCUACGAGAGGAUGGUCCUUCCUCGGCUGGAGGUGCGACCACGACCAUCGAGGCGUCUGCCGCACUUCAUGCAUCUGGUGUCUCGGUUCUGCAACUACUAGAGACAGACGACAAUAGCGACGAUGGUGACCCGAAGGCCAACGACACCUACAACUGGAUCAUGCAAGCUCGACCUCGCCAAGGACAUGACAUCGUCCAGAAGAAGAAGACGCCAUCCCGCCAGGAAUGCGAAAAGCCAAUUGCCUCAAUCACUCCAAGGGAACGCGACUCAUCCAAUCAUCAACGCUGCGGCGAGUGUUCUCAAGUAUCAUCAAAGCCUGGCAAGCAGAUGGAAGCUGAGGACGAUGAGGCGCUGAACCUCGACUUACCCGAAAAUGAGGAGCCACGCAUGGUGAAGACCGUACAACGUGUCUAUCGCAAAGUACGACAACGCGUACGAUACACAUGCGAGCGAUGUGAGGCCACGUUCCUCGAACGAUCCCAUUGCUCAACAUGUGGACAUCAGCGUUGUAAGGGCUGCGUUCGGAUACCUGCGAAGAAACCGCCCAUAACACGAGAUCCUGCACUGCUGCAAGCUUUGGCUGAUCGACUGGCAAGCUAUGAGUCCUUUGACCCUCGACAGCGACUUGCCACUGUCGCUGCGGUUUGA